AUGUCUAAGGAGAAGAUUGUGUCGGGCGGGGAAUCAUUGAACUCUAAGUUCGACCUUAUUUUAGAUCCGUUCCCCAAGGAACACGGUCCUGUUCAGCGACAGAAGGCCGCGAAGGUGUACACCUGGGAAGCUACUAUCAACAUCGGUAAUAUGAGACCUAGUCGUCCGUAUACUUGUUGA